AUGACGAACUACAGCCUUACCGGCUUCGACGUGGUGCCGGCCAUCAUCGACAAGAUGAACGACGCGGGUGUUAAGUGCUUCCACCCGGAUGACUGUCCGUCGGACCUGAACGCGGACAUCGUGCUCCUUUCGGUGCCCACCCCUCUCAUCAAGGAGACGCAGCGCCUCGACAUGAAGGUGGCCUUCCAGCCGGAGUUCCUCCGCGCUGUGUCGUGCGAGGAGGACGCCCGAGCGCCGUGGCAGAUCGUGUUCGGCUGCGCGAAGGACGCGGAUGACACCCGCGCCCGCAUGUCCAAUUGCUUCCUCGACUUCGUGGGGAGAGACGAGAACAAGCUGACGGUGUUGACCAUCGCCGAGGCUGAGUUCAUGAAGCUCGUCCACAACUACGCGAAUGGUCUCAAGAUCUCUUUCGCCAACUGCAUCUACGGCCUCGCCCACGAGCUCGACCCCUCGAUCGAUGCGCAGAAGGUACUCUACCUGGUGUCCUCCACUGCCGAGUGCUUCCUCAGCCGCAAGUACGGCCUGCGCGUCGGCGCCCCGUACGGCGGCGUGUGCCUGCCCAAGGACGUGCCCGAGCUCACCAGCUUGGCACCGGAGGGGUCCGUGUUCAGGGAGUUCCUGUCGGGAACCGGCAAGAUCAACGAGUGGAUCACCAACACGCCAAGCCUCAAGGUCGAGCUGGACGAGAGCCCGAACUGGGUGUCGCCCAGCGAGCUCAACGUGUAAGCUGCGAGGUGGGAAUAUAUUCGUAAUU